AUGGAGUCCGCCGCAGUCCUCCGCCGGCGCCGCCGCCGCAGGGUCCCGGACGCCGACCGCAAACGCGCCCCGCGCGCCUGCGACCGCUGCAAGGCUCGCAAGAACAAGUGCGUCGAGACCGCCUCCGGCGUCUGCGUGAGGUGCAUCGAGGGUUCUCACCCCUGUCGCUUCGAGCGUGAGAGGAGUCCCCUGCAGGUAGAGCAAUCGGCCUUCGCCGCGGAGAGGAGACCCGGGUCUGGAGGGAGCGAGACUGUCGACGUCGACACUUCGUUAAGACAGAGCAUUAUCAAAGAUGAUUUCUCCCCCGGCGGCGGCGCUCCGACGGAGGCCUUCAUGUGGCCCAGGUUCCUCUCUCGACUCCGCGAGGCGUUCUGUCUAGACUCGGAGUCGCAGCCAAUGUCCGGUGAAGAGACAGACACAACGAGAUUGCAGACUGGUGGUGGUCCAUCCCGCACCCCGCCCAUCGAGCCGGCCGAGCUCCGCCGUCUGAGGAAAGCAGUCCGCAACUUCCCGCCCCGCCCCGUCGCCGAGUUCCUCCUCUCCGUCUGCAUCACCUACGGCACCGACAUCUUCUUCUACUUCGACCAGGCCCAGCUCACCCACGACCUCGCCCUCUUCUAUGCCGACGAGCACGCUCGGCUGCGGACCGACGCCGGGUUCGUCUGUCUCGUGCUCGCGGUGUUCGCGCUGGGAAGCCACUGGACGAGCCUGGCGAGGCCGACGGAGGAGGUGGCGGGCGAGGAAGGUCUGCCGGGGGACGUAGACCCGGGCCGCGUGUUUUAUAAUCAGGCUCGGAUUCUGAUGGCGGAUCUGAUCGAUCGGCCGUGUUUGCGCUCGGUGCAGGCUGCGUAUGUGCUCGGGGUGUAUCUGAUGCCGGCGAGUGCGAUUAGUGCUUCGUAUGUGUAUAUGGGUCUCGCGUUGAGGAAGGGGUUGGCUAUUGGGCUUCAUCUGGAGCCUGAUGAUCCGGCGAUGAGUGAGGAUGAGAAGGAGAUGAGAAGGCGGCUUUGGUGGUCUAUUUAUUCGCUUGAGAGGACCGUCACGAUCAAACUCAACCGGCCUAGAUCCAUCAGCCAAGACAUCAUCACGGCGCGUCUGCCGCGACCAACAUCCCGAGACCGAUCCCAGAGAUUCGACAACGUACAGCACCAGAUCGCCAACGCCCAGCUCGUGCGAAUCAUCGAUAACCUCUCCGAGCCGGCGUCCUGGCCCGACAACACUAGCCCUAACUCAACCAACAAAUACGAAGACUCCCUCAAGUCCUGGAAGAGAUCCCUCCCCGCCUCCCUCAAACUCCAAAACACCAACCCCUCGUCCCCCAGCUACCGCGCCGUCUUCCACCUGCACCUGAACUACUACUUCGCCCGUAUCGACAUGGGCAAAGUCCCCGUCGUGACCGUCGUCCGCGCCCGCCUGCGCGCCCUCUUCCGCCCCGACGAGACCCCGCCCCAGCCCACGCCGGCCAUCCAAAACGCCGCCGACGCCUGCAUCGGGGCCGCCAAGAAGAUGCUCGAGCUCUUCGAGGGGUUGAGCCGCAGCGGCAACAUGGCCCGCUUCUCCUUCACGGACCUCCAGGGCUGCAGCAUCGCCACCAUCGUCGUCCUCCUCGCCGGCAUCCUCGAUCGUGAUUCUGGGUACGAGGGGCGCGUGGCGUUCGGGCUGGAUUGUCUGAGGAGGAUGGCUGGCGGUGGGAACGCGACGGCCGGGAUGGGGGUGAGGUUUGUCGAGGCUUUGAGGGGGAUUACGGAGGAGGCUAGGGCGAAGUUGCUACGCUCGCAGGGUGAUGGUGGUGGUGGUGGUGGUCGGUUGGAUUUGAAGGAUGGGCGCGCUGCUGGAUAUGGGCAGUGGGCUGAAUGGAUUGCGAAUGCCGAGGUUGCGGAGGAUACUUCGGACGAGGAGGGCUCGGAGGUGGAGGAGCUUGAGGGACGGUCGAUCGAGGUGGGCGGCCGUGAGGAGGAGAGGAGUACGUUGUCUCCGGCUUGGGAUGCGGCGGCGGCGCUUCAGCUCCAGGAACUCUCGGCGUCGGCGUUCGAGAUGCCGUUGGAAGAGCCGCCAAGUGUUGAUGUCCAAGACACGAUGGCCCUUCCACCCAUGGACGAGAGCUGGCUGAAUUCGUUUGCGUGGAACGAUGAUCAGAUGUACUUGAUGGGGCUCACGGGGAUGGAUGUUUUUGAUUUCACGGGUGGUUUUGAGUAA